AUGAUCCGCCCAAUACUAUGGCUAACUUAUCUUCUCCCAAUUGCCACUGCGAGUUGGAACAUCAAUAGCGAAACGAGUAGACAUGCUUGCCAAAAGCACACCAAGAAUCCAUUGGAAGGAUGUGACUUGCAGAGAACGAAAUAUGUAGAUUUCGUGGGUAAUAGUUCGAAUUUUGAGACAGUGCAGUCCGCUGUGGCGAGUUUGCCAAAUAAUACUGAUACUUAUGUUAUUCUUAUUGCAUCUGGGAACUACACAGAGCAGGUCAAUGUCACUCGUCGUGGCCCUACCUAUCUGCUUGGUCAAACAGCAAAUCCUCUCAACCAAUCUGCGAAUACCGUCAAUAUCAUCUGGAGAGCGAUCGCCGGUACGGGGGAUAAUGCCUACACAUCCACGCUAACUGUUGCACCGAAUCUCAAUGCAUCUUUGACUGGAAGUGGAACUACUGGUUUUCCAGUACCACCAGGAACACCAUUUGGAUGCACAGAUUUUAGGACAUAUAACCUGAACUUCAUCAACGAUUAUGCGCCAUACAGCAAUGGACCCUCCCUCGCAUUAAGCAUAAGCUAUGCAAACGGUGGCUUCUACUAUACCGGCUUCUACAGCUACCAAGAUACUAUCUACGUAGGUAAACUAUCGAACUCCUACAUAUCGCAAUCUGUCGUUGCUGGUCAGACCGAUUUCUUUUACGGUUUCGGAACUCUCUGGGUCACGAACACACAAGUUCUUCUCCGCUCAUGUGGAGGUGGCAUCACCGCUUGGAAAGGCACCAACACGACUUUUGAGAACAAAUACGGAGUAUACAUUGUGGAUUCAACCGUGCAGAAAGCCAACAGCAGUUUGAGCAUUAAAGGAAAAUGUCCACUUGGGAGACCUUGGAAUGCACAGAUGCGAUCGAUCUUUGCCCGCACCUAUCUCGAUGAUUCAAUUCUUUCCACGGGAUUCGUCGAUUGGGUUCCUACUCGCUUCAAUGACACCAAUGGCAAUUACAGCACCAUUCAAGCUGAAUAUAAAAACUAUGGACCGGGUUAUAAUGCGAGUGGAAGGGCAAUUUCAUUGUUUGAUGUGCAGUAUAAUGUUACGCAGUGGGCUCCUUAUAGUAGUCCAGUGGAGGUAUUCCAGGAUCCUGAAGGAACUUUCGGGGAUUUUGUCAACAACGAUAUUGGUAAACUCAAAAUGGCCCCUCAAAAUGAUGUCGCAGACGAAAUUACUCCUCAAAUCAAUCCAUACGAAGUUCUUGGUAUUGAGAAAUCUGCCUCUGAAGAUGAAAUCAAACGCGCAUAUCGCAAAUGCGCUUUGAAGCACCAUCCAGACAAAGCCCCGGAGCACCUCAAAUCUGAUUCUCAUAGCAAAUUUCAAGAAAUCGCUUUCGCAUAUGCUGUCCUUUCUGAUUCCAACCGUCGCAAACGAUAUGAUCGCACUGGAUCUACCUCCGAAUCUGUUGACGCUGAUGGUUUCUCUUGGUCCGAUUUCUAUUCCGAGCAAUACAGAAAUAUUGUUACUGCCGAUGCUAUUCAGGAGUUUUCCAAUGUCUACAAAGGAUCUGACGAGGAGAAAGAUGAUUUGUUGAACGCUUAUACCAAAUUUGAAGGAAAAUGGGGAAAGAUCUAUCAGGUUGUUAUGCUAAGUGACCCGAUCGAGGAUGAAGGACGAUUUCGCGAGAUUAUUGAGGAAGCAAUCAAGAAGGGAGACGUUGAGGAAUAUGCAGUUUUUAGGAAGGAAACCAAGGCUUCGAAGGCGAAAAGAAUGAAGAAGGCGAGAGAAGAGGAGAAAAAAGCUGCGGAGGCCGCGAAACGACUGGGUGCUGAUAAAUUGUUGAAGGGAUCGAAUGGGAACGCACCGGAGACAAGUAAAAAGAAGUCAAAGAAGGAGGCUGGUGGUCAUAUGGAUGAUCUGGCGGCCAUUAUUCAUGCCAGAACCGCUGCAAGAAUGGGUGGCGGCUUCCUGGAUGGACUGGCGGCAAAAUAUGCGACAGGUGGAAAGAAGUCAGCAAAAGGUCCUGGUGAGCUGGAUGAGGAGGAGUUCCAGAAAAUUCAAAUCGGAUUGGGUCUGGGUAAGAGCAAAGUUAAGGCGAAUGGUAAGGGUAAGGGCAAGAAGAAAGAAGCUGAUGUCGAGGAUGAUCUUGAGGAUGAUGAAGAGCCAGCACCGAAGAAGAAGACGUCGAGAGGCAGGAAGAGGCAACCUGAAGUAGAGGAAGAAAGUGGAGAGGACGAGGAUGGCGGCGGCGAUAAUGACCAAGCUGAAGAAGCAGCCGAAGAUGACGAAGAAGAGGUAGGGGUAGAGGUAGAGAAACUUGCUCCCAAGAAGAGAGCGAAGAAGCAAGCUACUCGACAAUCCAAACGGGCGAAAGUUUCUCGGGCAUGA